GUUGUCCUCUUCUUCUUGCCUCUUCUCUGUGCAGGCUGCGAUGGCUGUGGCAGUGCUGUAAAUUGGUCGCGGUGGUGGUGGUGUAGGCGGCGGGGGGCGGGCAUUGCCGUCGUCGCGAUGGCGGGAGCUGCGCGGGUGGUGGUGGUGGUGUUGUUGGUGGUGAUGGCUGUGGAGGUGGCGGCGCUGAACACGGACGGGCUGGCGCUUCUUGCGCUCAAGUUCGCGGUGUCGGAGGAUCCCGGUGGCGCGCUCUCGACGUGGAGGGACGCCGACAACGACCCCUGCGGCUGGUCCGGCGUCACCUGCGUCGACGGCGGCGGGGGCAGGGUGGCCGGGGUUGAGCUCGCCAACUUCUCGCUCGCGGGGUACCUCCCCUCGGAGCUGUCGCUGCUUUCCGAGCUGGUGACGCUCUCGCUGCCCUACAACCAGCUCGCCGGCCAGAUCCCGGUCGCCAUCACGGCGCUGCAGAAGCUCGCGGCGCUUGACCUGGCGCACAACCUCCUGUCCGGCCAGAUUCCGGCGGGGGUUGGGAGGCUCGUGUCGCUGUCCCGGCUGGAUUUGUCCUCCAACCAGCUCAACGGGUCGCUGCCUCCGGCAAUCGCCGGGCUGCCUCGUCUCUCUGGGGUGCUCAACUUGAGCUACAACCAUUUCACCGGCGGGAUCCCGCCGGAGUUCGGCGGCAUUCCGGUGGCGGUGAGCCUGGACCUCCGGGGGAACGACCUCGCCGGCGAGAUCCCGCAGGUGGGCUCCCUCGUCAACCAGGGCCCCACCGCCUUCGACGACAACCCACGGCUCUGCGGCUUUCCGCUCAAGGUGGAGUGCGCCGGGGAGAAGGAAGAUCCAAGAAUCCCCGAGGCGAACGGCGGCAUCAACCCUGGUGCGGCUGCGGCGGUGGGGAGGCCGCCGAAGCGCCGGUCGUCGCCGACGGUGCCCAUUCUUGCUGCCAUUGUGGUGGUUGCCAUCGUCGCCGGGAUAAUCCUGCAGUGGCAGUGCCGCCGGCGGUGCGCAGCGACGGCGAGGGACGAGGAGAAGGAGUCGACGAAGGAUAAGAGCGGCGCGGUGACGCUGGCCAGCAGCGAGGAGCGGCGCAGCGGCGGAGAGGAGGGGGAGGUGUUCGUGGCGGUGGACGACGGGUUCGGGAUGGAGCUGGAGGAGCUGCUGCGCGCGUCGGCGUACGUCGUCGGGAAGAGCCGCGGCGGCAUCGUGUACAGGGUCGUCCCGGGCCGCGGCCCCGCCGUUGCCGUCCGCCGCCUCAGCGAGCCCGACGACGGCGACAGCGGCUCCGACUCCGGGUGGCGCCGGCGCCGCGCGUUCGAGACGGAGGCCGCUGCCAUCGGCCGCGCGCGCCACCCCAACGUCGCCCGCCUCCGCGCCUACUACUACGCGCCCGACGAGAAGCUUCUCAUCUACGACUACCUCUCCAAUGGCUCCCUCCACUCCGCUCUCCACGGUGGCCCGACGGCGUCGCCGACGCCAUUGCCGUGGUCGAUGAGGCUGUCCGUCGUGCAGGGCGCGGCGAGGGGGCUGGCAUACCUGCACGAGUGCAGCCCUCGCCGGUACGUCCACGGCUGCGUCAAGUCAUCCAAGAUCCUCCUCGACGACGAGCUCCGCCCCCACGUCUCCGGCUUCGGCCUCGCCCGCCUGGUCGCCGGCACGCACAAGAAUGCGCAGUCCAAGAAGCUCGGCGCCGCGGCGUGCGCGCUGCGCAGCGGCGCCCUGUCGGCGCUGGCGUACGUGGCGCCGGAGCUCCGCACGCCCGGCGGCGCGGCGGCCGCGGCGACGCAGAAGGGCGACGUGUUCGCGUUCGGCGUCGUGCUGCUGGAGGCGGUGACCGGGCGCGAGCCGACGGAAGGGGAGGGCGGGCUGGAGCUGGAGACGUGGGUGCGCCGCGCCUUCAAGGAAGAGCGGCCGCUCUCGGAGGUCGUCGACCCCACGCUGCUCGGCGAGGUGCACGCCAAGAAGCAGGUGCUCGCCGUGUUCCAUGUCGCCCUCGGCUGCACCGAGCCCGACGCCGAGCUGCGCCCCCGCAUGCGCGCCGUCGCCGAGAGCCUCGACCGGAUCGGCUAAUCCGGCCAUCUUCCACCACAUCCGCCAUUGCUAUCCUCUCCAUCCUAAUCGCGCAGUCCAACAAGCUAAAAAGCUCUUCCAUUUCCAGUAACCAUGAUUAGCUCACAAGAACAUCAAAUUCUGUAGAUUAGACAUGGCGGC